GGGUGAAUGAGUAAGAGUCCAGUCAGUGGAGUGGGAUCGAUAAUAUAAAGGAAUGAAGUGAAUGAGGAAAAUGACUUCCUAGGUCAAAAUGCAAGUGUAAAGUGUUACACACAUCCCCCACCUCAAUUUCUUCCUAAUUCACAACAAAAUUGAAGUACACAUGCACGCCGUGCGCGCUUAAUUUAAAUUAAAAACCGAUGCUCUCUUAAGGUCACAUAUAGUUGUGCACACAAGCACACACGCCGUGCGCGUUGAAAAAAACGCUCUGAAACAAGUAACAUGUGUCCCCGUUGUUCCUCUCCAAGUGUCAACUCCCCCAAUUGCCUCUUCCUCAACACCUAUAUAUCCUUCUUCUACGGGCCCUCUCUUCAUCUCUUACUCACUACCAAAUCCACCAUACCUAGUAUUAAUAUACUUGCAUUUCUCCAUCUCAUUUAAGUCUCUUAAUUGAAAUAUAGAAUAUCUUGAUCUCGGCCAUCCUUUCUUAAAUUAAUUAAAAAACAUGUAUGCUGCUAUAUAAAGGAAUGAAGUGAAUGUGGAAAAUAAUUUUCUAGAUCAAAAUGCAAGUGUAAAGUGUUACACAUGUCCCUCACAUCAAUUUCUUCCCAAUUUAAAACAAAUUUGAGGUGCACACGCCGUGUGCCUGAAGCGGGAAUGUCGUGCGCCUGAAGCGCGCAUAUCGUGCACGCUUAAUUUAAAUUAAAAAUCUAUGCUCUCUCCAGGUCACACACAGUUUUGCACACAAGGCACACACGCCGUGCGCGUUGAAAAAAAAACACUCUAAAACAAGUAACAUGUGUCCCCACUGUUCCUCUCCAAGUGUCAUCUCCCACAAUUGCAUCUUUCUCAACACCUAUAUAUCCUUCAUCCGCUAGUCCUCUCUUCAUCUCCUACUCAGGUUGUUUUCUUCUAGACUGUUUUCAGUCCCAUAUCAGACUAGAUCAGACCAUACAGAAUCAUAAUUUCGUAGUUAUAAAAUACACAGAGACUAAACAUUUAACAGACAAGACCAGACCAGUUCAGACUAACAAAUUUUGGGCCAAAAAAACAUCAUCACUACCCAAUCCACCCAAUGACGGUAACCAUGAUCUAUUCGUCCACCAAUCCGGCAUCAUAUCUGAUGGAUAUAGCGUCCUCUGUGAAGGGGAGAAUGUCGAGUAAGUUCACCGUGGAGGAAGGUAGCGAUGAUCGUACGAAAGCCGUGGACAUUUUCAAUCCCAAUGGAAACCCUAUAAUAGGUUGCGGCGGUGUGAGAGGCAACAGAGGAGGCCGCGAGGUCAUUGUGGUGCCUAUGGAGGCAACGGCGGAGUUGGCCGUCUGGUGGCUACGAAGGAGAUGUGGUGAAAGUUAUGGUGGCGGCUACGGAGGAGGUGGCGGAGGCGGCACCUAUGGUGAAUCAGACGGCGGAUGUCGUUGAGGAAGCGGUGGCAGUUAUUUCUCCUCUUUUAUGUUAUUCUAACCACACUACACCUUAUAUAAACAGUUUGGUUCAAAGUAAAAGAGUAUUUGAUGUGAAAAGUACAAAAUUUUCACUUUUACUUCACUACACUACAUGAUCUUUUUUUUAACACAAAAAAUUACAAUCACUAUAGAUUGGACGAAGGCAAUCAUUAAAUUGUGACUUUGGCAGUUAUUUACACUGCACAAUCUUUUAGAUUUCGAUCAAUAUUGUGCUUUUUCG